UUAAGGUGGAAGGUGGGUGGGGACUUGUCACACGUGAGCUGUCCCUCAACUGGACCAAGACUCUUUACAACGAGCAUUUCUUUGCCCCAGAGUUGGGAUCGCCAGGACUCGUCUGCCACUUCGGACCCUCCGCCGCAGCCUGCCAGGUGACCCUACUGCUGAGGAGAUGGUAAAUUCCCCAGUUUCCCUGGACUCGUUUCAGCGGGUACCUCAGCCCAGCUGUCUCGUCUUCCUCAUCCACUUCCUCCUCUUCCUCCAGCCUUGGGAGUCAAACUCAGAGGAGGUCAAGGUGAUUGGCCCUGGGGAGUCCAUCCUGGCGAAUGUCGGGGAAGAGGUGGAGUUCCCCUGCCACCUGUCCCCCUACCGAGACGCGGAGCACAUGGAGAUCCUCUGGUUCCGGAGCCAGGCCUCGGACGUGGUGCACCUGUACCAGGACCGGCGGGAGCUCCCGGGGCGGCAGAUGGCGCAGUUCCAGAACAGGACCACGCUCAUCAAGGACGAGAUCGUGGACGGCACCGUGAUCCUGCAGCUCCAGGACGUGGUCCCCGCCGACCAGGGCCCUUACGGGUGCCGCUUCCUCUCCCGCGACUCCUCCUUCUCCGGGGAGGCUGUGUGGGAGCUGGAGGUCGCAGGGAUGGGGUCAGACCCUCACAUCUCCCUUGAGGGCUUCAAGAAAGGAGGCAUUCAGCUCAGGUGCAGCUCCAGUGGCUGGUACCCCAAGCCUCAGGCUCAGUGGAGAGGCCACCUGGGACAGUGCCUGCCUCCGGAGUUCGAAGCCAUCACCCAGGACGCUCGCGGCCUGUUCGGUCUGGAGACAUCUGUGGUUGUCCAAGGCGGGGCCCACAGCAACGUGUCCUGCUCCAUCCAGAACCCCGUUCUGCUCCAGAAGAAAGAGUUUGUGGUCCAAAUAGCAGAUGCGUUUCUCCCCGGACCCGCGCCCUGGAAGACAGCCUUCCUCUGGACGUCCGUGGUCGGCCUGCCGCUCCUCCUGGCCCUGCUCGCGGCGCCGGCGCUGUGGUUCUUCCAGCGGCAGCGGCGGGCGCUGGAAAAGCUGAAGGAGCAGGCGGACAAGGACCGAGGGAAACUCACCGAGGAGCUGGGGAAGGUGCAGUCAGAGCUUGACUGGAGAAGGGCUGAAGGCCAGGCUGAGUGGAGAGCAGCCCAGCAAUAUGCAGUGAACGUGACCCUGGAUUCGGCCUCAGCACACCCCAGCCUGGAGGUCUCCCAGGACGGCAAGAGCGUGUCCUCCCGCGGGGCCGGGGCGGCGCUGGUCCCGGCGGUGCCGGGAGACCCGCAGCGGUUCACCGAGCAGACGUGCGUGCUGAGCCACCAGCGCUUCCGGACCGGCCGCCACUACUGGGAGGUGGACGUGGGCCGGCGCAGCCGCUGGUUCCUGGGCGCCUGCCUGGAGGCGGUGGCGCGCGCGGGGGCGGCGCUCCUGAGCCCGGCCGCGGGCUACUGGGUGAUGGGGCUGUGGAACGGCUGCGAGUACUUCGUGCUGGAGCCGCAGCGCCGGGCGCUGUCCCUGCGCGUGCCGCCCCGGCGAGUGGGCAUCUUCCUGGACUGCGACGCCGGGAAGCUGGCCUUUUUCAACGUGUCCGACGGCUCCCACAUCUUCACCUUCACCGACACCUUCUCGGGGCCGCUCUGUGCGUACUUCAGGCCCAGAGCCCCCGACGGCAGCAAACGCCCCGAUCCGCUCACCAUCUGCCCGUUGCCCGUUCGAGCAACACGCGUCCCCGAAGAGGAGGACGGUGACACCUGGGCACAGCCUUACGAGCCCUCGGCGCCCCCCAUGGAACCAUGGUGAGGCGCGCGCUCGCCGGGUGGAGGAAGCGCCGCCAAAAAUGCCAGCAAAGGCGACACACAGACAGACAGCGGAAGGGAAACAGACAGGGGCUUGGCCUGCGUCGAUGUGUCUCUGUGUUUAGAAUUUUCCUUUUUAAAAAAAGAGGCAAUUCCCAAGCUUGUCUGUGUGUAUCAUAGGAUUGAGAAAGUAAGGAAAACAUUGUGCUCACCGCGCAAAG